GUCACAUCCGGGUUCCUUAGCGUGGUUAAAUUGGUUGCGCAGUUGUUCUCAGCGGUCAGAUGAGCUGGUGGUCGCUUAGCGGAGGGUUGAGGCGAGCCGUUAGGUGAGCUGGAGAUAAAAAAGUUCUUCUGAUGAAGGAUCGGGAAACAAAUAAGUCCAGAGGCUUUGAUUUUAUUACAUUUGAGAGCCCUGCUGAUGCUACACAUGCUGCCAAAGAUAUGAAUUGGAAGUCUUUGGAUGGAAAAACAAUUAAAGUGGAUCAAGCCAACAAACUAUCUUUUGAAAGUGGUGGAAGAUGGAAGCCACCACCUCAUCCAAGAAACGGAGGCCAUCCAAGAAGUGUGAGAUGUGGAAGAGGAGGAAGUGGAGGAGCAAGAGGGCGUUCCUCAUGUGGAGGACACUUGGGUAAUGUUUUAAAAUAUAAGGAUGGAACACUGGAAAACAAUGUUGGAGAAUGUACUCUUAACCUCAACGUGAGUUCUUCCAAGGGACGCUUUCCAGUUAAAAGAGGCCCAUCUUCAAGAAGUGGAGGUCCUCCUCCUAAAAGAUCUGCUCCUUCUGCUCCCGGGCGUAGCAACAGAGGAAUUGGAGGAAGAGGGCCACCAUCACAUGGGAGAGAGAAUUAUAGAGGUCCUUCACGCAGAGCGCCAGUGUCUUCCCGGAGAGAUGACUAUAUUUCACCAAGAGGUGAUGGUUACAAUACCAAAGAUAGUUAUUCGAGCAGAGAUUAUCCAAGUUCCCGAGACACCAAGAAUUAUGCUCCACCAUCUACAGACUAUGCAUACCGUUACUAUGGCCAUUCGCGUUCUCGGGAUGAACAUUACUCUAGAGGAUAUAGUGAUCGUGAUGGCUAUGGUGGUGGUCGUGAUAGAGAUUAUUCUGAACCUUCAAGUGGAGACUCUUACAGAGAAUCAUAUGAGAGUUAUGGUAGCUCCCGUGGUGCACAGCCUGCACGUGGGCCCCCUCUGACGUAUGGUCGAAGCAGUCGCUAUGAUUAUAGCAGCACACGUGAUGGAUAUUGUGGAGGUCGGGAAAGUUACUCAAGCAGCCGGAGUGAUCUCUACAUAAGUCGUGAGCAUGGUGGCAGACAAGAACGAGGCUUCCCACCCUCUAUGGAUAGGGUGUACCCUUCUCAUGAGUCAUAUGAUAGCUCAAGUUGUGGGGCUUCCGGAGGAGGUCAUGGGGGAAACCGAUCUGAAAGAGGAGACCGUAGCAGAUAUUAAAAAGUUCUGUACCAAUUUUUUGUCAAAGAGGAAAUUUAACUACUUUUUUUCUGUUACUAUAGAAUUAAUGAAAAAUGUUAUUUAAUGGGGAAAGGCAUAUGUUAAGUUGCCCUCCAUGAAUUUUUGGAUAAGAUGGGUAAGAUAAAAAAGUAUACAAAGUAAUUUCAUGAUUGCUAAUGUAAUUGAUGAAAACUAGAUAAGUUGCUUGAAUGUAAUGUCUGCAUUGUUAAAAUUUUUGGAGUAAAAAUUUCCAUGAAAUGGGAUUUCUUGUCUAAUUUUAUUAUUGGGUUAAAAAAGUGAAAGCAAAAGAAAAAUCAGGAAACCAAAUUUCUGUGGAAGGUGAAUUGCACUGUUUCCCUAAAAUUUCCUUUUUAUGUCUGAAUAUAAGCAUACAAUAUAAAGCAGUAUGGUACUUCUGCACAGGAAGCUGUGCCUAUUUUCCACUUGGGCAUACUAAGCCAAUUAAUGUGUUGUUGUUUGUAAACAUAAAUGUAUAAAAGGUUUACAAAAUCUCCAAAAG